ACUGUGACGUAUAAGUUCGUUGGUAAUUGUUGUUUGAAAGCACAGCGCUUAAUUUAUUUAUUGAGUUAUACUAUUUAUUAAUUUAAAUGAAUUUUUCAUCUAUUAAAUAACCUUAUAACACUUUGUCGCGAAAUGUGUAUACGUAUUUUUUGUUUAAAAUCUAAAAACACGAAAACGUCAAGAUGACUUCUGAAAUUGAUGUUUCAAGAACAAAUGAAUUUCAACGACGUCGAAAGCUUAGACUUCAACAGGUCAGGGAACAGUCAAAAGACAUAGCAAAGAAAAUACGACAACGCGCCAAAGUUGAAAAGCUGCGGCAUGUUAUAAACGUUGACGCAAAAAAGGAAAAGGAUUAUUUCGAUUUGCAAGAAAAAUUGGUUGGUCGAUUGGAGCAAUUGUAUUCUCAAAGCUUGGAAAAUGUCGGUGCUGGACAUAAGGACGCGUCAAAUAUAAAAGAAGCAGAUAACGAACAAAAAAAGGAUCUAUCCAAAUUGAGGGGGAGAGAAGCUGUUGCAGAACUAAGAAAAAGAAAACAAGAAAAGUUGGAUGAGCAGAAGAAGAUCCUGGAUAGAAAAUUACAAGCUAGGGAGGCUGCAAAUGAGAUUAGCAGAGAAAAGGGUGUGUUACUAUCAAAGACUUUAGGAUCCAAGUCUGCUGACAAUCUACAAUCAAAUAAUAUAGAUGUUUGUAGUGAUAAUAUUGAAAAGGACAAAAAUACAGAUAAACCUAAAAACAGUGAAGAUACUAACAUAGCUAAAAAUGAUAUGGGUACCCAAUGGGAAGGUGAUGAACCAGGUAAUGAAUGGGCACCCUGUAUACCUGCUUUAUCACUGCCAAAUGACAAAGAUAGCUUAAAAGAUUCAGGACAUGAGAGAGACAAAGCUGACCAUAACAAGAGGAUAAAUUUAUUCGCCCUUAGUGAUGAAAUGCCCUCCAGCCUAAGAGGUGGCCCGUCAUCAACAGUCAUGAAUGUACCUCAGCAAAAACCUUCUAUGACUUUAAUAUCUGAAUAUUUGCAAAGCAGAAGUUUACGUUUGAGAGAGAAUGAACCCGUCACAAGCACAAAAAAGACAGAUGACUUGCAAAGUAUUAAGCAAACUAUUCUUAGAAGUCGAUCAUCAAGACCCGAUGUUUCAGUCAAAUCAGACAAAUCAAAAAGAGAAAGGGUUAACACACUCAAUAAAAAAAAUUCUGUCUCUAUGUACAACCAUAGCACAAGAGACACCCAUGAAAUAAUAUACAACAAAGAUAAACUUGUUGUUCGUGAACAAAAUGCAGCUGAUGAUGAUGCUUACAUUAAAGCUUUAAAGGAGUCAUCCAUAGCACAAGAUGUUGAAAACAAGCAACUCGAAAUAAAGAAGCAAGAAAUGAGGAAUAAGGUAGCAAUGACAAAAGAGAGGGUCGACAAAGAAUACAAGGAUACUUUAGCGUUUUUGAAUACUCUCUCUAAAGAGACAACAAGCAGGACACAGAAAAUCGCAUAUAUGGACAGUGAGAGACAGGAAAUGCAAAAAGAAAAACAUCAGAAAAAAUUACAAGACGAAUUUAGAAGGAUAGAAAGAGAGUGCAAGAGAAACUGUAAGCAUACUAGAAAUCAAUCCAUUUCAAUUAAUAAAAGUAGGUGUAAAUCUAGAUCUCCUGAUAAAUUUGACAACAAUAAUGAUGCUUUGCCAAGAAACUUCCAAUAUGAUUGGAUGCCAGUUCCAGAAAGUGAUGGGAUGUAUGCAGUACACACCAUUCCAAGUACAGCAAAUCCAAAAUCCAGUAACACAGUUAAAUUUAACGAUAUUGACACUUACCAUGAAUACAGGUCCCGUCACAAACACACACCUCCAACAAAAGAAGGGAGUAAAGACAGAGAAAGAAAAAGAGUUGUUGAAACAGUAAUAAUAGAACAAAACAGUAAUGAAUCAACAGAUGCAUCUUCUGUCAUUUCUGACACAAGUUCAAUGGAACAAGGUUACAAAACUAGAACAGAUAAAGAUCGCUCUGAUGAUCCUGGUCUCUCAGAUGGUGAUAGAAUAGUGAUUUAUAAGAUUUUAGAUUCAAAAAGAGACAAAAAGUGUAGGAGUGACAAAAAAUCGAAAGCCAUUAAUAAAAUUUUCAAAUCCUUAAGUACAACAGAGAAGGCGAAUAAAGUGGAAAAUAAAGAAAGAUCUCAACAGCAGGAGCAAAGGAAUGUCACAGAUAAACUUGAAUGUUCAGAUCUGGAUAACUUAAACGAAGGUAUCUACAAAGUGAGCGAAAAUGGGAUGUCAUAUAAUAUUAUGAGUUGUUAUGCUGCUAAUGUGGAAUUGUGGCAAACAUCUACCGAGAGAAGGCCGUGGUGGGACAACAUAGCUUCUAUGUAUUUCACUGAAAGUAAUCGGAAUACAAGCACAUAUAAAGUUCCAGACGCAACGCAAAAAUUACGAGAAAGUAAUAGCUCCAAGCAUGACAAAAUUCUAAAUGGUUUUGAACCAUCUAAAGACAACAAUGUUACACAAUCAAGGAAUCGACACUCUUGUUCUGGGUGCAAAUGUGCAUGUUCAAAUACGUAUCAGCCACAAACAUCGGCUGCCACAUCCACUUCUUCAUUCCAAACUGCUACAAAUGAUAAAGCUCCUCAUGGAAUUUCCGAUGACGGCUUUUUAAAAAUUAUAAACGAUGGGCAUCAAGAUGCUGGUAAAUUUUAUAUAGGUGCUUCAGGUUUUCUAAAAGACAAUAACUAUGAAGUUGUGAUACAGCUUAAAAAAAAAGAAACGGACAAAUUGGAGGGAAAAAGCCAAGAACUUAAUGUGAAUGUUAUAGAUGAUUCACCACCACUACCACCACCACCACCACCGUCUCAUGUGUUAUCAAAGGUCGACACUGAAGUACAAUCAUCUUUUUGCAACAAUUUAAAAGAAAGUUCUGCUCAAACGUCUGUAAAUAAAGAAUUAACAACCGAAAAUGAAAUCCUACUUCAUUCAAAAUCAGAACCUAUUCUAGUUACAAAAGCAGCAGAGCAAUCGACGUCGCAGAGAAAUGCCCUGGUUGGUGAUAAAGACACCAAUAAUAAAUCAGAUACAGUUGUUGACAAAGGCAUUCAUACGUCGUUUCACGAUUCGUUUGCUAUUCCUGAAAAUGUUACUAAAGUGGACCCUGUAUCAAGACCAGCCACUUCUACAUAUACUCAAACUUCAUUUAGUUCGCCAAAUUCACGACCCGUAUUCAUGCACAUGACUUCAUCUACUUCCACAGCAUACAUGAGUCCACCGGAAGUAAUUAUACCACGUUUUUUGAAAGAAAAUCGUUCUCCUUCAAAUACUGCUGAUUUACUGAUUAAUGAUAAUUUCAGUAAAUUGAAUGAGCGAGGAUGUAGUAAACAAAACAAACAUUGUAAAUGGAAACAUCAAACGAGAAAUAUUUCUACAGAGAAAGUUCGUAAAUGCCAGUCAAGACAUAUAUGUAGCACUACCGAUACUCCACCAAAUACAGCUCAUAGCUAUGAUUAUAACGGAUCUUGGUCGGAAAACGUUGAAUCUGAAAAAUAUACACAUACAUUGCAUGGUAAAAAAUGUAGAAAAUCCAAUAAAUAUAAAAAUAACUUUUCAUUACAUAAAAGUUCGUCCAAGUUAAUAUGUGGCAGUAAUUCAACAGCUGUUUUAUCAAAGAAAAACAUUAAAAAAAUAUCCAAUAUUCAUCAACUGAGUUCCACUAAAAGUGGUUUUAAUCCUGUUGUACAGCAGUAUGUUAACAAGUUAUUAUUACUCAAUAAAGAAUCACUUAAAGCAAUCCAAGUUGUCAAUCAGGAGUGUAGCGCCGUGGACACACCAGGAAGUUCAAUUAUUUACAAUCCUUUAAAUACUGAUAGUAAGGACUUGCCUAUUCAAAAUCAAAUUUCUUUAGAACAAAUAAAAAUUAUGCUUGAGCAGCAAAUUUUUCAAGAGCAACAUAAAAGGCAACAGAAAUAUUUUGAAAUUCCACCCAAAUUUAUGUUUAGAUUACCCCGUAAAAAACCUGUGCACAAAGUUAAAUCUUUAAAUAUUUCAAAGCGAUUUUUGAGAAAUAGACAAUUUCAAGAUAUUCAAAGGGAAAGCAAAGUUCGUCUCGAAAAAUGCAAUAAAGCUGAGUCAUCUUCUUCUUCUGCAAAAGUAUCUUCAACAAAACAGUUAUAUUUAAAUAAGGAUAAGGAUGCAUCUGAUGUUUUAAUCACAAAAAAUAAAAAUCGAAGUAGUUCGCCCACUCCUAGAAAUACUAAAAAUUAUGCCUCUGGUAGCAUAAAUAAUGUUGGUAAACCCACAACGCGACAAAAAGAACCCUUGUUUCAAGCUUCGUCUCAUUACUCUUCUGAUGGAACUCAUUGCAGUAAGGAGGAUUAUAAAUUGCAUCUAGAUAGAUGCACAAUAACGCCCAUGACCUCUGAUUCAGAACAGAAACUAAGAAAAGUUAAAAACACUUCUCAUAAUCCUCCAACUGAUAUUUCUACUCAAACAAGUGGAAUCGACAGUGAAAUAAAUUUUAUGAAGCUAGCCGAAAAUAAGCUUCAAAAUAUGGAAAAAAUUGCUGAUUUGACAGAUAAGUGUACCAAGCGUUUAUCGAAUUUAGCUAAAGUUCUCGAGGAAGUAAGGCGGAAUAAAUCUUUAGUAUACAGCCAUUUGUCAAAUUCUGACACUACAUCCGAUUCCGAAAACAAGAAUAUUAAAAGAAAUGAAAAUAUACCAGAAAUAUUAUCAAAAGAUAAUAUACUCACAAAUGUUCCAAAAGCACCUUUGAAAUUCCCUGAGAAAGAUAAGAUUGACGAGGAUAACUAUGUUCCUUUACUUGGAGAUAUCCCAAAGCCUCUUACACCCUCAACAUUAUCCUUAUCAACUAUAAGUGAAAAAUCAAAUCUUCCAACAACAAUUAAACCAGAUCAGACAAAGAUGAAAGCCAGACCCCCUCCUGCGUUGACGCGCGUUAAUUUAAAAAAUGUGCAAGAUUUUUAUGCUGCUCCACAUGAAUUAUCUACUGUGAUUGAAGUGGAUUCACCGAUGAGUAUUAAACAAAAAAAUCAUUCAUCCCGUCGUGAAAUUAGUCAAGAACUACCAUGUAAAAUUAAUGAAGACGAUAAUGAAAAACAGUUGAAUAAAAGAUAUGAAACUCACACAACAAAUGAAACUGGUCUGGAUUUAGUAGAUAGUAAAGGAAACUCAUCGAAACGUCCGUCUUCAUCAGACUCGGCUGACAAUGCUAAAAUACAAAUGAUGGAUAUGAAAUUAUUUAACGAUAUUAUGCUCAAACCAUUUUUAAGUUUACAAGAGUAUGCAAAGCAAUGUGAUGUUCAUAUCGAUGAAGGGUCAAAUAUAGAAGAGGUUUUUAAAGAUGAACAUAUACAAGAAGAAUUAAGCUCUUUACAUUCUGAUGGUAGUCUACCUGAUGUUAUCUCAGAAUUAAUCAAAAGAAAAAUUAUUACUGAGCCAUUUAAAUUCGAUACGGCAUCUCAUGUUAAUAGUACAAGUAUGUCAUCUGAAUCCUCUUUGUCCCUUUUAGCCUUAUCUAAAAUCCGCAAGGAAAGAAAAAAGAUUAAUAAAUUCGCGGUGAACAAAGAAAAUAUGGCGGAGACCUCAGAAACUUUAAGCAUUUCAUCAAACCCUGAUUUAGAAAAUGCUUUUCAGAAACUAGGCAUGGGUUGGGCUUCUUCUACAUUAAAGAAAACUAAAGAGCGAUUGGCUUUAUCUUCUUCCUCGAACACAUCUAGUUCAAGUUUAAGUCACUUAAAAUUUAAAAGCUUUAACAAGGAAUUACCAACUAUAACAACUGAAUCUACAAUAUCGGAACAAAACGAUUCAAAUAAAAACACCGGCCAGCCAAGAAAAAUGGUUGAUAACUCGAAAAAUGCAGAGCAACAAACAUCUUUGAUAAAUUCUAUGACUGUGAAAGAGUUUUUGACAAAUGAAUUGGCCAAGAAAAUUAUAUUUACCAAUAAAUCUAAUAAAACAGGCGAUGACGAGUUUGUGUCGCUGUAUGAAACGAAAAUGCCAGAAGAGAUUAAAAAUACGACUGAAAUGUGUGAGGACGAUAAGUCUCUGGCAAGCCAGAGCAAUAAUAGAGCCAGGACAUCAACUCCUGUCCAGAUUUAUAAAUCAAACACAUACCAAUCGUCUUCUAGCACAAAUACAUCCAAUGGUUUAUUUAGUAAUGCAGAUGAGCUCUCUUCAGUGAAAGUUACUUCAACCUCCAUACGAAAUCAUUCCACAUCCGACAAGGAAGAUCUAACCAUUCCAAAUUACAGCCUUAAGAGAAAGGGCUUAUCUGAUUGUAGUAAAAGUGAAUAAGCAGUUAUGAAAUUUAAAUUAUUUGUUAAUUUUUUUCUGUGAUUAUUUAAAUAUUUUUUUUUUUAUAUGUAGCCAUUUUGUUGAUGACCUGUUUAGAUUUUUAUGUAUAUAAAGUAAUGAGUUUAUAGUGGAAUAAA